GAUGGCCGAUAAGCCUAGUACGAUCGCUCGGGGUUCGCUUGGGGCUAUAAAAUGGCGCCGGACCGUUGCGUUUAGUUUCAUUGUCGAAAUAGAAAUGUUCAAUAGUAGCCAAAGAUGGAUGUGGAGGAAUGUGGCCAUACUGGUUGCCUUCGCUUGCAUGAUCGCGGGCAAAAUCCUGAUCACACAGGUUGACUACACAUCGAACCCGGACUACCUGACGAUGAAGGUGCAGGUCAACAACGAAACCGAGGGCAGCACGGUCGAUGUGGACGGGAACCUCUUUCUGGAUGUGGCACAGGGUGUGUUUGUGAACAUUGAGCUUGACUCGAAGAUGGACGGCGAGUACAUGACGAUGAUCGGUACGAGUAAGGAGCUGUGCAGCAAGGAGGACACCGGCAUGGAUCCGGUCGUACCGCUGCUGAACGAGGAGCUGGAGAAAUUCGGUAACCUGAGCUUCAACUGUCCCUUCGACAAGGGCUACUACCGCAUCCGAAAGUUUCGCAUGAGCAACGAUCAUAUGCUGGUGAAGAUGGUACCGGCCGGGGAGUAUAUAGUGAAGAUGGACCUGCAGCAUCAGCACACGAAUGACACCGAGAAGGUGCCGGUGUUUAAGCUGUCGUUUUACUUUGAAAUUUCGUAAACCACCUACCCGCGUGUGGUGGGUUGGGAACGGGGAACCGGGUGGGCUUUUCUGUGGGACAAACGGAACAACAAUAAAUUCAAAUGUAUAGGCUCCAAUGUUUGGGUGUGCGGGUGUGGAUUAAUUUUCUCGCGAAUGAUUAAUAAACCUAUCAUCAUGCGAGUUGAUUA